AUGAAUGAAAAAAUCCCUAAACCAGAUGAAAAUGAUCCUAAUCUUGAUACAUGGCAACGUUGCAAUGAUAUGGUGAUAGCAUGGAUUCUUGAAGUCUUAUAUGGAGACAUUGCAAAAUCAGUCAUAUACUCAUCUUCAUCUUACGAGAUCUGGAAUGAACUUGAUGCAUGUUUUGGUCAAUCAAAUGGUGCAAAACUCUAUCAAUUGCAAAAGGAGUUCUCAGAUUUGUCUCAAGGAACAAGUGAUUUAGCCACAUACUAUACCAAACUCAAGAAGUUUUGGGAUGAAUUGAGUGCUUUAUCAUUUGCACCUGCGUGUACCUAUGGAGCGAUGCACAAAAUUCAAGAACUCGAACAAAAUAAAAAACUGAUCAAAUUUCUCAUGGGGAUCAAUAACGAUUAUUCAUCCACUAGAGGUAACAUCCUUAUGAUGAAACCUCUUCCAACUGUCUCUCAAACUUAUGCUCUCUUAAUCCAAGAUGAGAAUCAAAGAGAAAUACAUUCCGCAUCAAUUUUCUCAAUGGAUUUUGCUUCCAUGAAUGCUAAAUUUGGAAAUAAUUUUUCUAAAGCUACAAACUAUGAGAGCAAGAAAUCUAUAGUUUGUACUCACUGUAAAAAAUCAGGACAUCUAGUGAACAAGUGUUAUCGACUUGUUGGAUUCCCAAAGGAAUUCAAAUUCACAAAAGGAAAAAGUGUAGCUGGUAAUGUUUCAAGCACUCAAACCAACAAUGAUAAUGGAUAUUCUCAAGUUUAUUAA